GUAACACCGUUUGAACUAAACGUCUCUCCUGAACUGUGUACGAAAGUUGUGUGGAAAAUUGCGUCCGAUAAUUUCAUCCGCCUGCUCAGUUCUCCUCGUACUCGUCAGCAUGGAGGUCGGAGACAAACUGAAAGAACUGAACAUGACAGUGGAGGAAAUGGACAGGUUGACGAAAGCUUUGAAAGAGGAGAAAUUCAGGGAAAUGCUGUGCGAUUACGCACAAGAAUUAUCAGACCCCGAGAACCAGAGAAGGUAUGAAGAAGAGAUCAAACUUUUGGAGCAGGAAAGAGGAAACAUGAUUGAAUUUAUUCACCCGGAACCAUUUAGGGCCCUAAGGACGAGUGUGAACGGCAAGCACAAGUGUUUUGUCAAUAUCUGCGGCAAUGAAAAAGUUGGAAAGCCUGCCAGUAAAUGGGGGGUGUCGGAGGAGGGCCGCAGAGGACAGUGCUGGUCCCUGCCUCACAGUCUGCACCCAGGGAGGCAAGACACAGACCCAAAGGGGAACAAGAUAAUGAUCUAUGAUGUUAUUUUCCACCCUGACACUCUCCACAUUGCAAGCAAAAACAAGGGAUUCAUGGAUAUGGUGGACAGCACAGCUAUUCAGGGAAUCCAGGAUGGUUUUAACGUGACUCUGGAUAAAAACAAUGUGAGAGAGAUGAGAACAAAAUAUAAAGGCACCCCACAGCCUUGUGUCAUCCGAAAACCCAUACCUGGAUAUAAAGCCAAGGAGCCCUCAGAGAAGCCUGACCCUCUUACAUACCCAUACCCAGAUGACAAAAGACCUACCACAUCCUCGCAAACCAAGCCUGCAGAAUCACCUGUGACAAAAGGCAGCACCGAUGCCGGGCCAAAAAGCUUCCAGAUGCAGCCUCAGAAAACCAGAGAGCCAACCGAGCCAAACUACACAGUAAAAUAUCGAUCCUUUAUUGAUCUACAGGACUUCAGGUGUUCCAGAGACUCAGCUCAAAGCCCCAGGCCCAAAGAGAUAGUGGUUACCAUUGAUAUGCCGCUUCUGAAGGCGGUCACGGACGCCAGCCUUGAGGUGAAAGAGAGAAGGCUGCUGCUGGAGUCUGACAAACCAGCAUACAGACUGGAGCUGCUCUUAGCCUAUCCUGUGGAUGAAGAUAAAGGGGAAGCAAAGUUCAACAAACAGAGAGGACAGCUUACAGUCACACUUCCUGUUCUUCCUUCUAAUGAUGCACUUGAUUUUGCUGUAAGGCCUGCUCCAACUAGUGGUAGUGAUGGUGAGAAGCAGGAGGAGAAAAGUGAGGUGGAAGAGGAGGAUAAAUGGAGGGGGAAGGAAGGCCAGAAAAGUAAGGAGGAGGAGCAAAUAGUUGUUGAGGAAGAGAAGGAAGCAAUGAAGGAGAGAGAGACCGAAGAGGAGGAUUUGAAGCAGCAGAACAGGGUGGAGAAAGGUGAAGAGGAGGAAGAGAGAGGUCAUGAGAAAGGAGAGAAGAUGAAGGAAGGAGAAAAUAGUGAAGAAGAGGCAAAUUGUGUGGAGGAGGAGGCGGAAUGGAAGAAGCAGAUAGGAAAAGGUGGAGGAAGUGUGGAGGUGGAGAACGUGAAAGAACGGAAGCGGGAAAACGAGAUAGAAGUUGGAAAACUAAACCUGCAGAAAAGACAGCCACACGAGGACACAGGAAUAAGUAAGCAUAACAUAUUGAGGGAGGAUGGAUUUGACAGAGCGGCAGAGAACAGGGACUCUGGAGUAACAAGUGUUCAGUGUGACAGUGUUGACCAAUGCAUGGACAUUUCUCUUCAAGAAACAGACUCACGUGUGGCCGCAGCUGAAAGAGAAAACCAGCCUAUUUUAAUCACUCCCGAACAUCCGUGUUGCAUAGCAAAAGAGGGAGAGGAAAAUCUGAGCUCUUGUUUGGCAUCAACACUCAAAACGAAGACUUCAGACAUCAAAGAGCAGACUGAAAAGACAAAAGAGACUCACAAUGGAAAUCUGAAGGUGGAAACAGAUGCUGCACUUCAUCACAGAUCUUCCAUGCCAGCUGACACUCAAAGCCAGAGUGACAUAAAGGUCUGUGGCAUUUCCCAGGGGACCGAGGAGUCCAGCAAGAUGCAUGAAACAGAUGACGCAAACAAGUCAAGCAGAGGGGGUUCAGGCAGCCGAGCUGGCCUCUGUUCCGAGGAACUUGCCACAGGCUCAGCAGAGGAGGAGAGGGAGAACAUGGACGAAGAUGACCUGCCGACAGAGCAAAUCUUCCAAACUCCAGAGCAUGACGAUGACAAGCCUCCACCCGUGUUUUUACGGGAAAUCGAUAAAGACGGAAAUGCAAAGGUCAUCAGCAAUCAUUCCACAUCUGCAGGGUUCAUCUUCCAAAACUCCCUGAUGUACGAGCUGGACUGA